AUUCCACACUCACAAUCACCCUCACCAUGUUUCGUGUUGCAACUUGUGCGGGACGACAACAUCGUCUUGCAACUGCAAGUUUAACACGUACAGUAAUUCCUUCAACCUUACGUGCAUUGCACUCUUCCGCAAAAAAGCCACAAGCAAGUCCAGCUCCUCAACAACCAAACGCUCCUUCUCCGUAUGAUUCAUUCGUAACAACAAACAAUGCAUACUACAUCGAAGAAAUGAGACGCUCAUGGAAGCAAGAUCCAUCAAGCGUUCAUAAAAGUUGGGAUACAUACUUUAGCGGAUUAGAUCAAGGUAUCCGAAGUGAAGACGCUUUCCGUGCUCCUCCUUCUUUGAUGCCUUUGCCGGUUGAUGCACCUCCAAUCGACACUUCUUCUUUCAACGCCGAUUCACAAAGCGUUGAUGAUCACUUGAAGUUGCAAUUAUUGGUUCGUGCUUAUCAAGUUCGUGGUCAUCGUAUCGCCCAUUUGGAUCCUCUUCGUAUCAUUCAAGUGAACGAUGAAACAACUCCAGACGAACUCAAAAUCGAGCAUUACGGAUGGUCAGAAAAGGAUCUCAACAGAGAAAUGCGUCUAGGUCCCGGUCUAUUGCCAAACUUUGUCAAGCAAGGUGUUACAAGUAUGACAAUUGGUGAGAUUAUUGACGCAUGCAAGCGCAUGUACUGUGGUCACAUCGGUGUUCAAUACGUCCACAUCCCUGAUCGUGAAAUGUGCGAUUGGUUGCGUGAACGUAUCGAAACUCCCGAACCAUUCAAAUACUCCAUUGAAGAAAAGCGAACAAUCUUGGACAGACUCAUUUGGAGUGACAGCUUUGAACGUUUCAUCGCAAGCAAGUACCCUAACGAAAAACGUUUCGGCUUGGAAGGUGGUGAAUCUCUCAUUCCAGGUGUCAAGUCUAUGAUUGACAGAACUGUCGAUCAUGGUGUUAGCUCAAUCACUAUCGGUAUGCCCCAUCGUGGUCGUUUGAAUGUGUUGGCUAACGUCAUUCGUCGUCCCAUGGAAGGUAUUCUGCAUCAAUUCGCCGGUACAGAAGACGACGGCGAAGGCGGUGGUGACGUGAAGUACCAUUUAGGAGCCAACUAUGUUCGUCCUACCCCAUCAGGAAAAAAGGUUGCCUUGUCUUUGGUCGCCAACCCAUCCCACUUGGAGGCAGAAGAUCCAAUCGUGUUGGGUAAGACCCGUGCUUUGCAAGACUUCGCCGGAGAUAAAGAUCACGAAACAUCUAUGGCUCUUUUGAUGCACGGUGAUGCAGCUUUCGCCGGUCAAGGUGUCGUGUACGAAACAAUGGGCAUGUACAACUUACCAAACUAUGCUACAGGUGGUACUAUCCAUAUCAUCGUCAACAACCAAAUCGGUUUCACUACCGACCCCAGAUUCGCUCGUUCCACUCCUUACCCAUCUGAUAUUGCCAAGAGUAUCGAUGCACCAAUCUUCCACGUCAACGGAGAUGAUGCUGAAGCUGUCACUUUUGUCUGUCAAUUGGCAUCUGACUGGCGUGCAACAUUCAAGAAGGAUGUUGUGAUCGAUUUGGUCUGUUACCGUCGUCAUGGACAUAACGAAACCGAUCAACCAAGUUUCACACAACCAAGAAUGUACGAGGCAAUCAACAAGCAAGAUACCACUCUCACACAAUAUGCUAAUCAAUUAGUGGACGAAGGCAGUUUCAGCCGAAAGGACAUUGAUGAGCAUAAGAAAUGGGUCUGGAAUCUGUUGGAAGAGGCUGCUGAGAAGUCCAAGAAUUACUCACCAGGUGAACGUGAAUGGCUUUCAAGUGCUUGGGAAGGAUUCCCAUCUCCCAAAGAGUUGGCCGAGCAAAUCUUGGAUCACAAGGACACCGGUGUUGAGCUUGACACUUUGAAGCAUGUCGGAAGAACAAUCUCUUCUUACCCUGACGGCUUCAAUGUGCACCGCAACUUGUCUCGUAUCCUCAAAACACGUCUCAAGACCAUCGAAGAAGGCGAAGGUAUUGAUAUGGCUACAGCUGAAGCAUUGGCCUUUGGAUCCUUGGCAAUGGAAGGAACCUACGUUCGUGUUAGUGGUCAAGAUGUUGAGCGUGGAACAUUCUCUCAACGUCAUGCCGUCUUGCACGACCAAAAGACUGAAGAUAUCUACGUCCCAUUGAACAACUUGGAGAAAGGACAAGCACCAUUUGUCAUUUGCAACUCCAGUCUUUCCGAGUUCGGAUGUUUGGGUUUCGAAUUAGGAUUCAGUAUGGUUGAGCCCAAGAAUUUGACAAUUUGGGAAGCACAAUUCGGUGACUUUGCCAACAAUGCUCAAUGCAUUAUCGAUCAAUUCAUCGCAUCAGGAGAACGAAAGUGGUUGGCACGUACAGGUUUGACUUUGAGUUUGCCACACGGAUAUGAUGGUCAAGGACCAGAACAUUCUUCUGCAAGACCUGAACGUUUCUUGCAAUUGAUUGACGAAAACCCCUUCGUUUACCCUCCUCCAGAGAAGUUGGAGAGACAACAUCAAGAUGGUAACAUGGCUGUUGUGUACUGCUCAGUGCCCAGCAACUUGUUCCACGUUUUGCGUAGACAAGUUCAUCGCGAUUUCCGUAAGCCGUUGAUCGUAUUCUUCAGUAAGAGUUUGUUGCGUCAUCCGGAAGCACGUUCAUCGAUUGAUCAAAUGGUUCCCGGAACAGGAUUUAGACGAUUCAUUGCUGAUCCACAUCACAGUGAAGGUGAUGAUGCAUUGGUUGCACCUGAUGAGAUUAAACGUCAUAUCAUCACCACUGGUCAACAUUAUUACGCUUUGCUCAAACAUAGACGUGAUAACAAGUUGAACAACAUUGCCAUUUCACGUAUUGAGCAAUUUGCACCUUUCCCAUUCGAGGAGAUUCGCGAAGCAUUGGACAAGUACCCCAACUCUGAUGUCUGCUUCAGUCAAGAAGAACCUUUGAAUGGAGGUUGGUUCGGUUUCGUUCAACCACGUUUGCGUACCGUUUGCCGUCAUUCAGAACAUCAUAAGGACAGUUUGGCACUUUUGGCUUCUCGUCCACCUUACGCAUCCGUUGCAACAGGAUCAAAGGUGGCACACAAACGUGAAUUGGAAGAGAUCUUAAACACAUCCUUUGACUUGGACAGAAAAGCAAGUGAUGGAGCAUAAGCUGUGGUAUUGAGUCUUUGUAUUAAUGCA